AUGGACGUGUCGGGGAUAGCGAGAGGGUGUGGGCCCGCGGGACAGGCAGGCGGGGUCGGGACGCUGCGUUCAAUGGCCACGGAGCAGGGAGGUCCCACGCUGGCACGGGCGUCGCAGGAGUCGUGGCCGUCGCGCGACGCGGCGGGCAGCGCGAGGCCAGGCGAUGCACCGGGGCAGGUGUCUGGCGACCCCUUCGCGCCCGUGCGUGAAGAGAUCACGUCGAUAUCGGAGCGCACGAGGCACAACGUCACAACUGAUAUUCCCGCGCUGCAAGACGCCGCCUCGUAUUUCUUCCUCCCGGAGGCCCGCGGCAAGGGGCUCCGCCCAGGCCUGGUCUUGCUCAUGAGCUCGGCGCUGCGCGACAUGCCGGAGCCUAAAGCGUACUACGAAGUCGACACUUCCCCACACAACUCCUACACAGAGGACAUCCGCCGGCGCCAGCAGCGCAUCGGCGAGAUCGCGGAGAUGAUCCACGUCGCCUCGCUCCUCCACGACGACGUCAUCGACGAGGCGGACACACGGCGGGGGCGGAAGACGGUGAACGCGGCGUUCGGCAACAAGGCGGCGAUUCUGGGCGGAGACUUCCUCCUCGCCCGCGCGUCGGUUGCGCUGGCGGCGCUCCGGGAGACGCGCGUCGUGGGCAUGCUCAGUCGGGUAAUUGAGGACCUAGUGACCGGAGAGGUCAUGCAGCUCACCGCGCAGCCGGACGACUUGCUCUCCAUAGACUACUACCUGCAGAAAACGCACCGCAAGACCGCCUCGCUCCUCGCGAACGCCUGCCAGGCCGCGGCGCUCCUGGGCCUGCACUCGGUUGACGAGAUCAAGCUGGCGUACGAGUAUGGGCGGCACCUUGGCCUGGCGUUCCAGAUCGUCGACGACAUUCUGGACUUCGAGCAGCAGGAGGCGGACCUGGGCAAACCCAAUCUGGCGGACCUGAAGUCAGGGGUGGCCACGGUGCCGGUGCUGUACGCCCUCGAGGAACACCCGCAGCUGGCGAGCAUGAUUCAGGGCCGCUUCAAGGGCGACGGCGAGGUCGAGCAGGCCGUGCGGCUCAUACAGGACAGCGCAGGGGUGGAGCGCGCGCGCGACCUGGCCCGCCGACACGCCCACGCGGCGUCCGCGCUCAUCACGGAGCUGCCGCCUGCGUCACACGGAUACACCAUGCAGUGCCGCAAGGCGCUGUUCGAGCUGCCCCGCCGCGUGAUCGAGCGCACGAGAUGA